AUGCCUUCCCUUUCCAAGGCCCUGCUGUUGGCCUUGCCGCUGGCCAAUCUAGUGGCCGCGCAGACCAUCGUUGUCGAUGGCGAGGAAGUCGCUGCCGAUGCCGACACUGUCGCUCCCGCUGUGGAGCAGAUCGCCAACAUUGAGGAAGAGGCGACUGCUUUCCAGCUCACCGACGAUGUCCUCGCCAACCUGACCAGCCUUGAGCUGUCCAACAUUACCCUCUUCGCCUUCGGUGACGAGGACGCCACCGAGUCCGCCGUUACCAAGCGCUCCAACUACAAGCGCACGUUCGACAGGUGCAAGACCUUCCCUGGCGACCUCCUCUGGCCCUCGAAGCUCACCUGGAAGGUAUUCGACCUCUUGACCGGCGGCGCUCUCAUCGAGACCAUCCCCAUUGGCGCCGUUUGCUACGAGAACAACCCGCAUUACGACGCUGCUGCCUGCACGGAGCUCCUUGCCCACUGGACCGAGUCGGCCACUCAUGCCAAGGAUCCCACCUCGGUCAUGUCUCCCUUGUACCAGGGCCAGACCUGUCUUCCCCAGAAUGCCGCGACCGGUACCUGCACCAUUGGAGGCUUCCCCUCGUACGUCGUCAAGGUCAAGAACGUUGGUCAGAUCCAACUCGCCAUCAACUUCGCUCGUAACCUGAACCUCCGCCUCGUUGUCCACAACACUGGUCACGAUUUCCUUGGCAAGUCCACCGGUGCUGGUGCACUUUCCAUCUGGACCCACCAUCUCAAGGAUAUCAAGUUCAUCGAGAGCUACAAGACCCCCUCAUACAGCGGUCCUGCCUUCAAGCUCGGCGCCGGUGUCCAGGUCGGCGAGCUCUAUGCGGCUGCCAACAAGUAUGGUGUCACCGCCGUCGGUGGCGAAUGCAAGGGUGUCGGUGUCACCGGUGGCUACAUUGCUGGCGGUGGCCAUUCUCCCAUGUCUGGUGUCUACGGCCUCGGUUCUGACCAGGUCCUCAGCAUCGACGUCGUCCUCCCCAGCGGCCGCUUCGUCACCGCCGACGAGCACAACAACAAGGACCUCUUCUGGGCCAUCCGUGGUGGUGGCGGCGGCACCUUCGGUGUCGUCACCGGCAUGACAGUCAAGGCUCACCCCAAGACCAACUUCCCCGGUCUCACCUUCUCCAUAACCGCCGGCCCCGGCUCCAACAUCACCACCGAGGCCUUCUGGGCCGCCGUCGAGGCCUACUGGCGAAAGUUCCCCCAGUAUGCCGAGCUCGGCAACUACGGUUACUCCUCCAUCUUCUCCAUGGGUCCCGGCGCCGGCUUCAUGUGGAGCAUGAACCCCUGGAUGAUCCCCGGCUACACCCUCGCUCAGUUCAAGGCCGUCGUCACCCCUCUCCUCGAUGAGUGGAAGGCUCUCGGCUUCGACCCCAGCCCCACCUUUUUCGAGCACGACAACCUCUACGAUGCCUGGACUCAGCACUUCCCCACCGAGACCGUCGGCAACACCAACCUCCACACCGCCUCUCGUCUCUUCCCCAAGAGCAACUGGGCCACCGAGGCUAAGCUCAACGAGACCAUCGCCACGAUCCGAGGUGUCGUUGAGGAGGGCUCAGCUCUUAUCCAGUACAACAUGAACCCUAAGGCUCCCGCGGGUACCCCCGACAGCGCGGCCAACCCCGCCUGGCGUGAGGCCAUCAUGUUCGGCAUCGUCGGCAGCGGUUGGGCCCCUGACACCCCCAAGGCUGACGUCGCCGCCAUCAACAACAAGAUCACCCACGACUGGAUGGAGAGGCUCCGACAGAUUACUCCUGGCAGCGGUGGCUACGGCAACGAGGGUGAUGUCAUGGAGCCCAACUUCCAGCAGGCCUUCUUCGGCAGCAACUACGACAGACUUCUCCAAAUCAAGAGGUCUGUCGACCCCUGGGAUCUCCUUUAUGCUCCUACUGCCGUCGGUAGCGAGGACUGGUACGUCACUGGCCAGGAGGAUUGGCUUACCACUCAGACUGGCCGUCUCUGCCGCAGGUAA